AUGGACGCCCACGCGUACCUCAAAUCCCAAGGCUGGCGGGGCACCGGCCACUCGCUGCACCCGGACAGCGACGAGACGGGCCUCAAGCACCACCUCCUGAUCAAGCGCAACGACGACGGGCGCGGGCUGGGGCUGAAAAAGGCCGACCACAAGGCCGAGGCGUGGUGGCUCAACGCUUUUGACCAGGCGCUCAAGGGCAUCGACGUGUCCAAGGACGCCAAGGGCGGGAUGAAGCAGACCCUGCGCGACGGCGGGCAGCUCGCCAAGAUUACGAGCAAAGGCCUGGCCAAGUAUACGGGCGGCAGGGGGCUCUACAACAGCUUUGUGAGGGGAGGGGUCAUUGAGGGGAGCGUUGGCGUUGAUGGGGUCGUCAAGGCUGGUGUCACGCCGGGAGGCGGGGCGUCUGUGGGUGAGAAGGGGGAGGAGAAGGAGAAGAAUAAGAAGGCCAAGAAGACAAAGGGCAAGGCGCAGCUCGUCACGCCACCGGAUAGUGGCGCCGCCACGCCGACGAUGAACGAAGGCGACGAUGACGACAGCAGCGACAGCAGUGACGAUGACAGCGACAGCGACAGCGAGGCGGCUGAGAAGCGGAGAAAAGCGGACAAGAAGGAGAGGAAGGCGAAGAGAGCCGCGGAAAAAGCCGAGCGGCGGGCCCGGAAGGACGCGAAGAAGCCGAGCACGGCCAAGACAUCAGACAAGGACGAAAAGAAGGAACUGCGGAAAGCGGCCAGGAAAGCGGAGAAGAAGGCGGCCAAGGAACUUGUCAAGGCGUCCGAAACGAGAGAAGAGCGGAAAGCGAGGAGAGACGUCCGGAGGAAGAAGAAGGAGGAGAAAAGGAAGAUCGCUGCUUUGAGAUGA